UUUUUCGGAGUCAUUCUGCCGACUUUGCUCUUCAUUCGUGCCCUGCCACGCCCACUACCCUUCUGCUGAUUUCCACUUUUAUGACGUCACCUACAAACAUGGCGAUCAAUGGCGAUUAACAACAACAUCGGCUAAAUUUGAAAGAAGUCCUUAACUGCACGAUGGACGAGUUCUCUCGGAAGGUGCUCCAGAGCGUGGUGGCUCAGGUGUGCAGCCAACUAGGCUGGCACUCGAUCCACGCAACACCUCUGGACAUUAUGGUCGAUCUUCUUCACCGCCACCUCAAGCAAAUCUGCGUCCAGACGCACCGAUAUUCUGAGCAAUUCAAUCAGACUCAGCCAAACUUGGACCAUUUGGGACUGGCUUUUGAAGACCUGGGAGUUCAGAUACAGGAUUUGGAGGAGUUUGUCAAGAAUGUGGAAAGCAUGCCACUUCCGUACAAUGUGCCCAAGUACCCUCUGCCCAAGGAGAGUCACCUCAACUUCCUCAAGCCAGGCAGUAACGAGGUUGUCCACCGACCUGUUCAUGUCCACGAACACUUGCCCCCUAUGCAUCCUGAUCUUGAGGAAAACUCAAAAAAUGGGACAAAUGUUGGAGAAGGCGGUGGAACUGGGGACUUGGCUAGUGGAGGGCCUAUGUCACCCAAUGCCUCAGGGUCGCCAGUUUUUAAGAGACCCAGUGACCUCCUUGAAAGCCCAGCUAUGAAGAGAGUCAGGUUGGCAAUGGAAGAAGAGGGUGGUGGUCGACCCCUCAGGGAGAUAAGCAGCGUGAUAAUGACCACCAGUGGCUUUUUGUCGCCUGCUCGUGAGGGCAAGCUGCCGGAAUCGAAACCACCUGUCAUCCCAAGCGAGUACCUUGAGCAUCCUAAACCACCUCCCCCUCCCACGGCAUUGGCCACCCCGGGGUCAAAGUCGGACAAGAAGAAGCAGUCGAUGAGUAAAAAUUUGCUGAAUGCUAAGAAAAAAGAGGUGCCAACUAAGAAAAAAGAAGCUCCUAAACCUCCAAUUCCGAAGGUGGAGAAAAGGGAAGAGCCGCCUCCACCGAAAAAGAAAAAGGUGACCAGCAUGAAGGAGUUGGACAAACUAAAGGCCCUGAAACAGAUCACCGUCAGAAAGCUACCACCAGCACCAACAAUGCCCACAGAGAAGCUUCUGGUUGACCCAGACAAACAGAAGCUCAAUAUUUUCAAGAAGAUUCCUAAAGUGAAAGAUGAAGCGAUCAAGAACUCGCCAAGGGAAAGCUCACCGAGUGUGACCAUCACGGAGGUUGGGCCUCCAAAGCAUGAAGAGGCCCGAAGGCUUGCCAACAUUGAUUCUGUCAUUGACUCGGUUCUCUCAGAGCCAAAGAUUGAGAUGGUCGUGGAGGAAGAGGUGAUUCUGUCAGACACAUUUUCACCUCCGAGUACUCCGUCGGCACCGAAAACUCCUGAAAUUCUGUCUAAGGCAGAUCGUAUGGCGGAAAAAAGACGAAAGCGGGAAAAGAAGCAGAAAAGCAAGGCAGCGGUGUCUGUGACCACUGUGGAGGAGGAAGACGAUGACAUCAUUAUGGAGGGACCAAUCGAUCGGCCCCGAACACCGGAAAUCUUGCCUCCGGCCAUUUUCCCCUUCAUGUCUAGAUUUCCAACUCCUGGACUCAUCCCGCCACCUCCUAUGACCUCUCCUCUGCUCUCUGGGCUGCCUUUCCCUGGCAAGGAGCCAACACACCCCGCCAUGCCCAAUAUGCCAAUGCCACCACCCACCUUCAUGCACCCUAAAAGUUUGGAGGUUGAGGCGCCCUCGGAAAGUGUGACUGAGGAGGUCAUCGAGACAGAGGUUAUUGUAGAAAAGAGUAAAGAACACAAAAAGGAAAAGAAGGAAGAGAAGAAGGUGAAAAAGAAGAAAGACAAAAAGGACAAAAAUAAAAAUAAAGAGAAGGGUGAAAAGAAGCGCGACGAGAAGAAGGUCAAGGAGAAGAAAGACAAGAAGGAGAAGCGCAAGGAACGCGAGAAAAUUGUGCUCAAAAUAUCGGACCCGCGAAAAGUAAGCCUAACCAGAGACGAGAGAGCGGACACAAGUUCUCCUGCCAUUCCAAAGCUAACUCUCAAGUUGGCGCCGGCUUCUCCUCGACCACCUACACCAGACGCUCCAAGAAAAUUGGUGAUCAAGCCAAUUGUGAUGAAAGAGGAAGAGCCGCCUGAGAAUCCACCCGAGCUGGCCAAAUUUGCACCUCUGAUUACUCGGCCGCCAAAGCCACCCAAGGUCAAAGAGGAGCCUAAAAAAACACCGCCUCUGCUUCCACCUGCACCAGUUCCAGAAACGGUUGCAUUUUACAUCCACGACGGCAGCCAGCAUAAAUCUAAGAGCAGAAGGAGGCCAUCAAGUGACGCUGUGGCUACCGUGGAUGAAGCUGGCAACAAAAUUUGGAUAUGCCCUGCUUGCAAGGGUCCUGAUGAUUGUACACCCAUGAUCGGCUGCGACGAUUGUGACGCUUGGUACCAUUGGGCGUGUGUGGGAAUUCAGGUUCCACCUGACGAGGACGUCAGUUGGUACUGCAAAGAGUGCAUCGUGAGGAAGCAGAGCAGCUUCUCAGACAAGAAGAAAAAGAAGGUCAAGAAGAAGGUUUAAGGAGAGAUGAACCCAUUUUUUAAUGUUUUAGUUACUUGCUUAAGAGUGAAGAGUUAACUCUAAAUUUUGUUAAUGAAGUUUCAAAUUUGUGAUUUCCUGUUCUAAAUUUUGUAGAUUGAGCCAUUUUGAUUUAACUCGGUAAUCUAAAAGGUUGCUUGAUGUCUUUAUUGUUUCCUCUAGAUAAAGAGAACAAUUUAUUUAAUUAUAUACAUGUAAUAUUUCUGCAGAGCUAUUAGUUGUAUAAUUAAAACAUCUUAAAGAAAAAAUGCAGCAUGAGUAUAACUUCAAACAAUCAUAGCAAUUUAAGCUGGAUUUUCCUCCCUGUCAAUGAAAUUCUACCAAAAUAAAAAUUUAGUUGCAC